AUGUACAAACCACUGCCCAACGUAACUCAUUAUACUGCUGAAUGCAAGGAGAUGCUUCUGUUUACAGCUACCUUCACUUCUUGCGCCGAGGCUUCCAAAUCGGGAAUGUCGACAACCACAUUCGGACGAUCGCUGUCUGCUUUGGUGGGGCAACAUCAACGUCUUCCGACAACGACCAACACCUCCUCCAAGUCGUCGCUCCCGUCGUCCCCGCCGUCGACAAUGUCCCCCUCUCGCGCCCAGCAGCCGAGUCCGUGGCCAACACCGACGCCGGCCCCAGAACAGCCCCUCUCCUUCGACGACAUCCCCUUCCCAAAACGACGACGAACCCACCACCCCCGCCAAGUCAUCGCAGACCAGGCCGCCGUCCAGCAAGCCCAGGUCGACUGCCAGUACCUGUCGGGAAACAACAUCUUCUCCUGCUUCCCAACAGCAAGCACAGUCAUUCCCCAGCAUGAGUGGGCCUCGUUCGUCUGGAAUUCGCGGCGACCGGAGCUCACCCAAACGAACCUCGUCGACGUCUUCCUGUUCCGUGCUGACUCCCAGCAGCAGCUGCUCCAUUUCCGCGAGCUGCCCAACCCAUCAGACCAGGCGGGAGUCCUUCGCACGCAGGUCAACGACACCUGGUUUGGUUCCUCGGGGCAAAAUUGGGACGGUCGAAACGUCUCCUACCCCUUCUACUGGGUCAUCAUUCGCAGCGACAAGACGCUGGACGGAAACCAGGUCCCCCAGCCCUUUUUUUCCGCCGUGCAGACGACAGUGCUAGACUCAGUCGCCUCGUCAUCCGCGGCCGCUGCGUCCUCUUCUUCCGCCCUCAUCGCCUCCCUCUCCUCUCUUUCCGCUCAAUCAACCUUGACGGCGUCACCAGUAAGCUCGGCAACAGCGAGCCCAAGCGGGAACGUGCAAUCAGCAUCGUCGGAAUCCUCCUUCCCCCGCUGGGCGAUAGCGGUCAUUGUCGUACUCGGCUUUCUCGCCAUCGUCGCGACGUGCAUCCUCACUUUCUUCAUCAUCCGCCGCAUUCGUCGGCGCCGGCAGCGCGACUCGAGCAGCCGGAACUCGAUGGGCUCGGCAUCACCCAUGAUCAAUCGUGAUGGCGAGAUGGUGCAGAGGUACGACGAGCCGGCGUCCCCGCUGCUGCCCCCGCCCAGUAUCGCCGCGGCCGCGGGUGCAGGUGCGGCGGCUGGUGCAGCGCACAGCAGCCCUGCGGGUGCCACGAGCACGACCCAUGAUGGUGCCUCGACUAUCAGCGAUAGCGGCGGACCCUUUAGCGGCGCAGACGCGGCCAUUAUGGCGGAUGCUUUCAGGAAAAUGUUGCGGAAACCCGACUUUGCUGGACGGCCUGUUGAAGAGGGAGAAAGCCCGGACCAAGCAGAGGGCGGGAACCCGGGGGUUGAGAAUCCAGGGAGUGCGGUGCUAAGUCGGGAGCUUGCUGAGGAAGGUCGGGAUAUCCGAAGCGUCAGCUCGUCAAGAGGCGUCAAGGUCGAGUCGGUGCAUCAUUCAGAGGCUGGCGAUCCUAGAUGA